AUGCACAGACGCUCGUCUGGCUCCCCUGUCGCGGACGACACUGAAGAUUCCCCGACUCGAUCUCCAGAGGACCAUGGCAAUGCCAUCGAGACGAACGACAAAUCUCGGUCGCAAAUAGCCAGGCACGGCACCAGUUUCGAUCUUCGUCGCGAUAACGGUUCCUCGAAUCCGCGCUCGCGGAAUUCGAGCCUCUGGCGCACCCCCUCGUCCCAACCCUCCUCCAACGAUACCAAAACUAUGCCAUUGGGCUCGCCCCGGCUUCCUAUGGAAGCUCCCUCUUCCGAUGGCCGUCGCGCGCGCCAGUCUCGUCUGCGCAGUCCUUGGUCCAUUUCCAUCCUCACGGCAUUCACCACCGUUGCCGCCGUCGCGUUUCUCUUCUCGAUCAUGCGCUCUUUUGCGAGCAGGCAGGCUGGCGGAGAUGGUUGCGGUGUGCCGAUGAUGAGUCCUACUUUUAUUCGGAUGCUGGAAUUCGACACGGAGCAUACCCGCUUUGCGAGCAAAUAUAACCUCUUCUUCUACCGAGAAGAGGGCGUGGACCCGUAUACUCAGGAUAACAUCGGGUUAAAUGGCGUUCCAGUGCUUUUUCUUCCCGGCAAUGCUGGCAGUUACCGGCAGGUCCGAUCCUUGGCCGCGGAGGCCUCCCGGCAUUACUACGAUAUUGUUCGACACGAUGAGGACCGCCAUGCGGCCGGAACCCGCAGCUUGGACUUUUUCAUGGUGGAUUUCAACGAGGAUAUGGCCGCAUUCCACGGGCAGACGUUGUUGGAUCAGGCAGAAUACGUGAACGAAGCCAUUUCCUAUAUCCUCUCCCUCUACCACGACCCACGACGAACUCGGCGGGAUCCGGGGUUACCGGACCCCAGUGCGGUGAUCCUGAUCGGUCACUCUAUGGGUGGCAUUGUGGCUCGCACUUCCCUGACCAUGGCCAACUACCAGGCCAACUCGGUCAACACGAUCAUCACCAUGUCUGCGCCGCACGCGAAGCCUCCCGUUUCCUUCGACUCCGACAUUGUCCAUACCUACAAACAGAUUAACGACUACUGGCGUGAGGCCUACUCGCAAACGUGGGCAAACAACAACCCGCUGUGGCAUGUGACGCUGAUUUCGAUUGCCGGUGGUGCGCGCGACACCGUGGUUCCUUCUGAUUACACCAGCAUUACAUCCCUCGUGCCCGAGACGCAUGGAUUCACUGUUUUCACAUCUUCCAUUCCUAACGUCUGGAUCGGCAUGGACCACCUCUCGAUCACCUGGUGUGACCAGUUCCGGAAGGCGAUUGUCAAGUCGCUGUUCGAGAUUAUCGAUGCCCGACGCCCGACACAAACUAAACCGAGAGCAGAGCGCAUGCGAGUGCUCAAGCGGUGGUAUUUGACUGGAUUGGAGUCCGUCUCCGAAAGAACAUUAGCCCAAAUGGAACCGAAUACUCUGUUGACUCUCGAAGACAACGCCAACACGAUUCUGGCUCAGGGCCAGCGGCUCAUCCUCCGCGAACUGGGCCUGCAACAUGGCCCUGAUGUGCGACUGUUGCCGAUUCCGCCUCAGGGUGUCUCGGGUAAGAAGUUCACACUCAUUACAGACCAGACUCUGGAUAAGCAGGGAAAUAUCGAGGUGCUGUUUUGCAGCGUCUUCCCGCUGAACAAUGGCCGGUCAACCGUCUUCUCUAUGAACUUGGAUUUCUCUGGCGGGACUGUGGGUUCGACCCGGUUGGCUUGUAAGAAUGCGGCGGAAGACGUUAUUCACCUUCCUGCUUCGACUCUGACAUCGCGAAAUGCGUGGGAGCGUGUGCCACCAUUCUCCUACCUUCAGUAUGAUCUGGAGGGUCUUGCAGAGCACCAGUUCGUGGCCGUCGUGGACAAAGCCAACGUGCGAACGCCCGGCUUCUUGGUCGCAGAGUUCUCGGACAGCUCAGAUUCGAUGAUUCGAGCCAAAGUUGGACUCGGCAGUUUGCUGGGUGCAGGCCUCAAGAUGCGGCUCCCUGCUAACAGGCCCAUGCUCACCGAAGUGCAAAUUCCGGCAUUGCACUCGAGUCUUCUCGACUACCGGCUCAAGAUCACCCGGCACCCUGAAAAGGAGGAGCUCUUCGCUCCGCUGCUUCGGCAGUCAAUUCCUGACCCUCACGAGUCGAAGUUCUUUGUGAACGUCGAUGAGGUCGAUGUCAACCUGCACGGCAUCGCACCCUACAUGCCAACGCCGCUCCGCGAGCAAGCCUCGAAGGGCGGGGUGUCGUUCCAGCUCUGGACUGACCCCAGCUCGGGCUCAACGGUUGACAUUUCACUGCAGGUUGAUAUUGCCAGCAGUCUUGGCGAGUUGGUGAUGCGAUAUCGCACUGUCUUUGCUGCUUUCCCGCUGCUGGUUGUGGCUCUUGUGCUCCGCAAGCAGUUCCAGAUCUACGAUGAGUCUGGUUACUUCGUCCCCUUCGCCGAUGGCCUCGAUCGCGCCUUGCGCACCUCUCUUCCGUUGUUGUUGGUGGCCAUGUCGCUUCUGGCAUCUUCUCUCGCCACCUCGAAAGCUCUCCCUCAGUCCGAUGACCCUUUCCAUUGGCGCACCAACUCAACCGAAACUCCUCUUGACUUUACGAAGAACGAUCUUCUUCUGGGAUCACAAGAUGCAUUUUUCUGGUUCCUUAUUCCAAUUUUUGGGGUUCUUAGCGUUGGCGCUUGCGUGUUGGUCAAUUAUGCCGCCCUCCUUCUCGUCAACAUUUUCUCCGUUAUCUAUGGAGCCGUGAACAGCAAGUCGGGCUAUAUUCGACGCGAAGACCGAGGAAAUCUCCCGAUCUUCAGCACUCCUAGCCCUCGACGACGCGUGAUUCACACCGCUGUCCUGCUCAUUCUCGUCUCAACGAUCAUCCCUUACCAGUUUGCCUACAUGGUUGCGUGUAUCGUGCAGCUGGCGACAUGCGUACGGGCGCAAUGGCAUGCCAGGGAAACCAAAUCCGCCCAGCACAUCAAUUUCAACAACUACGCGCAGUCCAUCCUCAUCCUCAUGUUGUGGGUCCUGCCUAUCAAUGUGCUGGUGCUCCUGGUUUGGGCCCACAAUCUCGUGGUGCAUUGGUUCAUGCCAUUCUCCUCCCAUCACAACGUGCUGUCCAUCAUGCCGUUCCUCCUCCUCGUCGAGACCAUGACUAGCGGUGCGAUGAUCCCGCGGAUCAUGAAUCGUUUCAAACACGUCACCUCAAUAAUCUUCUUCGCCAUCGCCAUGUACUCCGCCGUCUACGGCGUGACGUACGCCUACCUCCUCCACCACCUGGCCAACCUCCUCGCGGCCUGGUUCGUCGGUAUCUAUUUAGUGGGUAAUAAUUUCUCUCCGCGUCGUCUCUGGCGCAUCAUCGACGGCGACGAACUUCCCGCCGAAUCAGGGAGCCGCCACGUUAAGAAGAAGCCGUGA